AGUUUCCUUUUAUUCUGCCAUAAUAUUAGUCGUCUUUUGUUCCACAUUCACGCAGUUGUUUAUCUGAACAGAAAAGCAGCAGCGUUGCUGGAGGCUUGUGACAUUGCAGUUAAAGCUCGUUGCACGGGAAAAUGUCUUCAUCGGACGUAAAAAAGUCAUCGGGAUCUCCCAAUAAGAUGAAAAGCCCCACGGGCAGUAAAGGUUCCGUACUUUCAGGGGCCGAAGACGAGUUUAAUGUUAAAGGCCAAGAAGAAGUGUUCGAAAUCAUUGAACCAGAAGAAGAGCCUGUGGAUAUCAGCUCAUCUGCGGCUCUAGCCCCAGCAGUCUUGAAUGCUAAAAUGUUCCUUCAGAAUCAGCUCUCAAAAUCGGGCGUUAGUCUGUAUGACCAUUUGAGUGCUUUGAUAAAUAAAAUACUUUCAGAGAAGCCAGAAAAUAUAAUGGAAGGAUUUGAAGAGUACAGCCGAACCUUGAAAGAAAAAUGGUUCAGAUCAGCUGCAGAUUGUCUUCAGGACCAAUAUAUCAUUCGUAACUAUCCAGAUUACACACAGAAGCUCAUCACUCUAUUUAGGCCUCUUCCAGAAGAAAAGACGGAGACAGAAGAUGAUGAGGAGGGAGCAGGUGACAAAAGGAUGGAUCUUAUGGAACUUCAAUACUACUUUGAGCAAGCAGGGGCAGGAUUAUCAAAAAAUGAAAUGUUCUGCACAUCAGCAGCACUUUACAACUUGGGUCAACGAGAAAUCAUAAAGAAGUACAGGUUCUGGGGAAAGAUAUUUGGUCUUGAAAAGAAUUACAUAAUUGCUGAGGUGGAGCUAACAGAAGAGGAGACUACACAACGCAUUGAGGAACAAGAGAGGCUGGAAGAAGAACGAAGAGCAGCACUGGAAGAAGCUGAGGCAGAGGCAGAACAAGAGGCUAAACCUGAGGAGAUUGUUCCUAAAGCAGAGCUAGGAGAAGAAGGUGAAGAAGGUGAAGAAGAAGGUGAAGAGGAGGAAGAAAAAAUUAAACUCAAACCUGCACCAAAGAUACCACGACCACCUAAAUCAAUGUAUAAGAAGCCACCUGAUGUGCCACCAGAAAAAAUAGGUGAAGGCACAAAUCAAAAGGUCUACUUUGUUUGUAAUAGACCUGGGGAAGAAUGGAUAGAAUUACCCAAUGUUACACCCCAACAAAUUACUACUGCUCGUCAAAUUAGAAGAUAUUUCACAGGAAAUCUCGAUACAGAGAUGUUUACAUAUCCACCAUUCCCUGGAAAAGAGAUUAAUUAUCUUCGAGCUCAGAUUGCUCGUAUAUCUGCAGGAACUCAGAUCUCUCCACUUGGAUUCUAUAAUUUUGGAGAGGAUGAGGAAGAAGAAGUUGAAGAAGAAGAAGGAGAGGAAAGGAUCCCUGUUCCAAAUGCAGCUUUUGAGCCAGUGCCUUUAAGAGAUCUUCUCGAUCCAAGCAUGUCCUUCUGGGUCCAUCACGGAAGGCACAUAUUGAAGCAAGGCAGGACGAAAUGGUGGAAUCCAAAGCAAAAGUCAGAGGAUGAGGAAGAAGCAGAGGAAGAAGAAGAAGAGGAAGAAGUAGAACCAGAAGUAGGACCUCCAAUGUUCACACCUCUUUCAGAGGAUGCAGCACUAGAAACUAUGCCUGCUUGGAGUGUUCGUAUAGGAUCUCAAAUUGUUAAAGAUACAGCCAUUGCCUUUGUUCGUUCAAAUUUAUGGCCUGGUGCAUUUGCUUUUGCAGCAGGCAGGAAAUCUGACAAUAUUUAUUUGGGAUGGGGCCACAAAUAUGUUGCUCAUAACUAUUCUCCUCCUGGGAUGGAGUCUAUUCAAACAGAAUACCCCCUUGGGCCAGAAAUAAUGGAAAUUGAGGACCCAUCAGUAGAACAAGAAGAAGCAUGGAGACUGGCUCACGAGAAAAAGAAGGCUCGACCUGAAGAAGAAGAAGAAGAGGAAGAGGAAGGAGAAGAGGAGGAAGAUGAAGAUUAGAAUAUCUGUGACAACUGUAUUUUUUACUCAUCAUUAUUAUUUCCAUUUUUGUUCUUUUAUAUAUUUUAUUUCAUGUCUUAUAGCUGUACAUCAUUAUUUUACAAAAAUAGCAUAACCUUUCUCUCAAAUAAUUACUACUGUACACACACACACACACACACACACACACACACACACACACACACACACACACACACACACACACACGUUGAUUGCUGGCGGUAUGAACAAUGUUGAGUGUGGGUGUUCAGAUUCUUGUCAAAAUUCACGCUAUCACACUAGAAACUGCAUGUAUGAUCUCCUAAUGAUGUACACAUGGCUCUUCAAAAGAUAACCAAAGACUAAAAAUACAGCUAGAUAAUCUCUGAAUAACAUGUCAGACAAAGAAUAGCUUCAACAUAUCCUAUCUACUUGUCUGAAAAUUAUCACUCAGGAAUUCGUAAAAAGUUUUAGCUGAGUAGUGAGGGGUAAAGAAACAGAAAAUUUGAUUGGAAAUGUCUAACUGAGGUUACACAUAUCUCUUCAAAAAGUUGAGCCACAUUGCACAAUUCCUCUUUCUUCAGCAAAGAAGAUAAGUCCAACAAAACAGUGUUUCAUUAGUGCACACCAGGCGUCCAUUCAUUCAUUCACCAUGUGGCAUGAUUCCCGUCACAAAGGAGAACUUUCAAGAACAUGGACUGAGUCAAGUUAUAUAGGGUACCUGUAAGUGAAUUAAUCCACAGUGUAUCUUGGACAGAAAACACAUUUAUUUUAAUAGAAUGGUGUAAAAUAAUUUACUGAAAAUAGUGGGCCUUAGUACCUUUGACUUUUUCCACUUUUCGGGUAAUGAAAUGGAUUCUAUGAUAAAAAGAUUCUGGUUCUUCUAAACUCCACUUGUGAAGCCAGUUUUUGAGAUUGUUAAAAAAUGUGAAGUGUUAUUCAGAAUGGCUGUGCUGCAUUGACCAAAAUAAAUAGCAAUGGAGAGAGGUGAUUCUGGUGAAUGUAGUGUGUCAGGUAAGUUGUCCUAUCAGGGUACCUAAAGGUUUCCUUCACUCAGUUUGGAACAUGUUAUUUGACAUUGUCACAAAGCAAAAUGACUUUCACAUCACUAAUCGUAUUAUAGGUGCCUGUCUUUAGGUGCAGUGAAUGAGUGAAACUGAGUAGCUGUGCUGUGUAGCAUUUAGCUUCACCUUUUAUCUGGUUACAGCAGCUUGCAGUAUACUUUACUGAGCAGCAAACAUUUUAUUAUGUCAGAAUUGUUGUCAAUGAAUCUAUACUUCCACUGGCAAACAAUGACUUUCUGAAGCAGAUGUUUUUUUAGAUAAAACCAGAAGAGUAACACUUUCCACAAGUUCAGGGCAUUAAGACGUAUGUUCUUUACACUCCACCAGGAAGUCACACACAGAUCUGAAAGUCUAAUGUUUCUGCUAUUAAACAUGUCUUGUGUUGCAGUCCACUAUGUCACACUAGUACAGCUACUGCCCUGUCUUUGCCAAUAGUAAGAAAUAAUUUGAGAUCCAAAUACAUUAAUAAAACAUGAACAAAUCAUUGAAUCCUAAUCACACACUGCAUUAACAAUAAACUAUUUGUGAUUACACCAGCUGAACACCUCUACUUUGAAAAAAGUUGCUGCCUCAUGUAUCUGUGAUGUAGCAAUAUAAAUAAUAGGAGCAGUAAAAGUAAUGUCUCACAAUACAAGGUAUCAACAGAUCUGUGAAGAGGCCCAUUUGCAGUACACUCGUGCUUCUUGUGCAGCUUUAAAAUAAACACUGCUGCUUACUGUGUAACCAACAGAAAAUAAUUUUAAAUAAUCAGAUAAUUUGUAGGAGUGGUUAAUGAGGUAUAUUUUCAAUUUAAUUUUCAAUUAUUAACAAUUACAACUUUCUUGAUUUAUGCUACAUGGGAGAGUGUUGGAUAGCUCUGCACCAGAUAAACAUACCUCCACUCUGAAUCCUAGACAAUGAUGCAAGAUAAGAAUAUCCUGAAUGUGCUCAGUGAUGAUUUGGAUCUUAAAAUCAGAUUUUGUCUAGCAACUGACACCGAAAGUUGGGAACUAGCUUCAUCUGAAAACAAUGUUUCUGUGAAAUUUGGCAUUGUCUCUUAAUAAAAAGCAAUUAUCAAACAGAUUUUCAUGCUCCUUGUUAUUGACUUAUUCCUAUUUAUGAACAAAGAUUAUAGUUAAUUAAAAUUAGCACAAUUGUUCAAACUAAACAUUCCAAAUUUCAUGUCAAGUGUUUUAAAUUACUGGAAAUUAAUUAUCUAACACAAUAAGUAAACUUGAAGUUCAGAGCCACUGCCAAUACUGUUCCAGAUUUUGUAAUAAACACUAUGAAAUACUGAACUUUGGCUGCUUGUUUAAAUUAUCUUAAUUUUUCAGUACAAAAUGAAGUACAGUAUAAAUUAAAUAACUCACUAAUCAAGAAACGCAUGUAAUUUACCAUUAUUUGUAAUAUGUGUGUAUUCGUGUAAAUGAGGGGAUUCACAAUGCAGAAGAAAAAUAGUGCCGAUAUAUUUUUAUAAAUUUGUAACCAGUAAUAUUUUUUGUAAUUCAAAAUCCUUUUCUUCUAACACCUCAUCACAAACAGUAAAUUCCAGCCUAGGCACAUUUCAGAGCAUUAUGUAGUUUUUAAAACAACAGCUUGUCCUUAGUGGAUGUCACCCAGAUUUUUACACAAAACUCAAUCAUUAUAGUUUAAUUACUUUCAAGUCAUAUCUCUUACCUAAUUUUUUUAAGUUAACUGUGUAGCGAUAGCAGGUACUAUGAGAGGUGGUCGUCAUGCUGAGCUGUUGUCAGAUCCAGUGACUCAUCAUAUGGACUAAUUUAAAUGACCUACCAAAAUGUAAAUCACUUUAAUAAAUUAUUGUAGGACUGUGAUAUGUGAGAACUGUGACAUUUUCUUGUAACUGUGAACAUUGUUUUGUGUGCCUCAGCUGAAAUUUGACAUUGCCAUUGUGACUAUUAAACUUUGUGGAUUUGGACGUGGAUAAUUGCACUAAUAAUUUGUCAUAGUGUAAAAGCUGGUCACCAUACUUGUUAAGUGACCUUGACAUGGAAUAAAAUGAGUGUAUCAUUGUCAUGUAAAAUAUGGUGUGACGUACAUCAAUGAACAAAAACCAUCUUACAUUCAGUUAAAUUUUCAGUUUUGCUGGUGCUGCCAAGGAGAGCUUAUGAAAUCCAAAUUAGCUGGUACUGGAUGGUCUGGUGAUAACUGGGGAACAUACCUCCAUUAUUGGCGUUCAUUACAGUGACUUAAGUUAUUGUCCAACUAACUGAUAGAUGUCUGGCCAAUGAGACUUACAUUUGGUUCUAUCUUUGGCCUUUAAAAAUCCCAGAUGAUCUGAUGUCCAAGCAUCAAGAAAAAAGUCAAAUAAGGCUGCUGAUAAAUAAGCUGGCAAGCAACUAUUUCCCUGCCAUUGGGUCAUCAUUCCUUCAUGUUUCAUCUAUUAAUCUCACUUUCUCCUUUGGCAUCUUCUCCUUGCUGUAAGGCCUCUAUGUUCUUCAGUAAUGCUGGAUUUGCACCCGUGACUGGGGUAUUGUCAUCACUGUAAUGAUCCUCCAAUGGAUUCUGCAAAAGUCAUUUGGCAUAUUUGUUUUUGUGCCCAUUUUUGUGUAUUACUGUGAAGUAUUCCUGAAGCCAACAGUCCUGAACAAGCCUGCCAGCUUGUCAGCGAGCAUAGAAAAUGAUCAGUCACAAUAAUGAAUGCCCUGUCAUUUAAACAGGAUCAGAACUUACUGACUGCCCAGACAACUGAAGUCACUAGCAGAGAACUCUGGAUGUGUAAGCAAUCGUUACUUUAGUACCUUUUUCAAUGUGCACUGCUCCCAUCCCAUAAAAAAGAGUAGUGGACAGCAGAUGCAAGCUGAGGGUGCUGGCUGCUGCUGGGUGGUCAGAUUGAGGCUCUGAAAUGAUAGUCUAGGAGAAAGCAAUUUUGAGUGUGAUGACAUAACAUAACUUCAAUGGAAAAUAAUUUUAAUAUGAUGAUUUUUCAGUUAAUGUUCCAUCACUUCAUGUGCUGAGCAGAGCUUGUGUAAGCUUCAUGUGUAUGAUAAUAAAUAGUUAAUGUCAUUUAUGUAAUUUAUUUUUGUAGUCAUUGGUACAUUAAAAGAAAUAUUUAAUUAUAUUACAACUGGAAAUAAAGUAAUCGAGUAAGAUUCCACAAUGAAGGAAUUAAGUGAGUUUAAUCAGACGUUUAGUCUGAAACUUGAGUUAAGAAAUAAACUUUAAAACUGGGAUCUAAAGUAAUAUGCAAAAGGACCCUCGCACAGUGUCUAGUUUCUGCUGCACAGUCGCAUCAAAAAGUGCUACAACUCAUGAAAAUAAUCAUGCCUCCUUAAGAGCACAGACUCUUUCAUGUUAACUGAUGCAAAAAUAAAUAAAUAAAUAAAUAAAUAAGUAAUUGGCAUCUACCUCAGCAGUUCUGGUAAUUAUCCUACCUUGCAAGUGAAAGCCUUUGUGAAGCAUCUCACAUCACAAAUGUGCCAAAAAACUGGAAAAUCUGUAAUGGCCCUUACUUUUUAUGUGACAGAACAGACUCCAUUAUGUCUCAAGAUUUCUUGGCUUAUAAAGAAGCACUUUCUUGGAUUCAUACAGAGCCUUUCAACUUGGAUACACUUAAACACAGUUGUCAAAUGGCCUAGAUCUGCUUCAAAUGUCUUUGAGAAAAUAACAUCAUCAAUGCAGUAAAGACAUGUCAUUCAUUUAAGAUAGCAGAGUUGGUUGUCGAUCGUGGGUUCAGAGGUUGCUGUAGAAUUGCACAGUCCAAAGCGCAUAAUUUCAAACUUGUAGAAGCAUCAAUAGUACAACAACACUUUGCAGCCUUCAUACAUCCAGGGCGUCAUCACCUAGUAGUGGUUAUAUAUACCCUUUUUGGUGAAUUUAUUCUUACACCAGUAAUAGGUGCAGUAACACUGUGUACCAUACAUUUUCUUCAUGAGAACCACAGGGGAAAACAAAGAACUCUCUGAUGGCUGAAUGAUGAAGUCUCCCAGCAUCUUCUCCAUUUCUUCUAAAUUAUUUGGUUUUUAGGUGGAGGGACCUUAUAUGAGUGCUGACUGAUGAUUAGUUACCCCAGUGUUGAUAUCGUAAAUGUCAUUGGGUCUCCUGCUCUGUCUUGUCUCCUUCUGGAUUUGAAUGUACCCAAAAAUUGACAGAGGGUGGCCAACACUACCUGACAUUGGUCUUCAGUUGAGCCAAGCUGUUCAGUAUCAGUACCGCACAUAGCUUAGGUAAGGUGCUGACUUUCAUGACUGAAUUACUGUCACAUAAAUUUACAUCUUACUCUACAGUCAAUUAAUCAUCCAUCUGAACCAUUGCAUCACACAUAUCAUAUAUUGUCAAAUUAAUUUAAUUGGACAGAUAGAAAAUCUACCCAACAAGAGGUGUCAGGACACACACAUAAAAGAGGAUAGUAUUUAGGCAAGCUUUUGGAGCUGGUGGCUCCUUCUUGAGGCAGAAGGAUUAAAUGGAAAGUAUGAAUGGUGAAGGAGAAGGACUGGAGAGGUCUAGGAAAAGAGACAGAUUUCAGGAAAGUCAUCCAGAACCACAUGUCAGGGGAGACUUACUGCAUGGGAUGAGAAGGGAGACUGAUUGUUGGGGACUGAUUGAUGGUUCGCAACUGCAUUGGAUGAGAUUUGAAAAUCUGAGUGUUUAAAGAUGUAAGACAGGAUAACAUGCAAGACAGAGAUUACUGCUUAAACAUCAUGCAUGGAUUAAUAACAGUGAAAAGUUAAGUGCAUUAGCUUUUCUCUCUUAUUAACUCGUGAAUGAUGUUUAAUCAGUGGUGCCACUAGCACAAAUAAGAAUACACAACGCUAUCCUAGCUUUCAAAAUCAAAAGUUCCUUCUUAAGGAAUGGCAGAGGGAUAGGCUGUGGAAGGUUAAAAAUAAUUUAGAUAAACUUGUCCUCAAAACAGGUUGAUCCCUCUCAUCCUAAUGUCAAAGUGACUUGCCCUUCCUUUUUAACCUUCCCUAAACACUCUUCCUUGAGGAAGGAAGUUCCAGAAGCUAGGAUAGUGUCAUGUGUUGUUAGGUGUGCCUGUUUGACAUGCAGAUACACUGUGUGACAAGAAGAGUGAAGCACCUAGAAGGGGAGGAGGAAAUGAAAUGCAACAUCAGGGGUUGAGAGGGUACAUGAUGUUAUUUCAGUGAUAACAAAUUGGAGUCAAAUUUACAAACAUCUUGACAGUAUGCGCCAGCUUGUUAGUAUGUCAUUGCCACUCCUCUCGCCCACAGUGUCAUAAAGGCACCGUAUCCUCUCCUGAGCUGAUCUGGCCCACAACUGUCAUCGGUCCUCGAUAUCCCAGAUACUGGCACUGGGAUACAGUUGAUGUCCGAGCCGGUCCCACACAUAUUCUCGUUCUGUCGGGGACACGGGGACAGAUCUGGGGAUCUCGCUGGACACAGGAGUACCACAUCAUUACACUGACAGUUCACUGAAGCACAUGCCAUGUGUAGAUGACCAUUAUUCUGUUUAAAAAUGGCACUGUCAGACGAGAGGUAGCGCACGAGAGCACAAGAUGUCUGUGACAUACCGUCGUGUCAUCAGUCCUACCUCAUUAGUUAUUAGCUGUGAAUUGAAGUCAUAUCCGAUGGCUCCGCACACUGUGAUGCCAGAAGUGACACCACUGUUCCUUCCUAAAACAUUGGAAGAAUGGAACCUCUCCCCAGAUUGUCACCUUACUCGCCUGUGGCAGUUAUUCGGGGUACUGAAGAACUGCAGAUCAUCACUGAACACAGUGUGCUGCCAUUCGUAAGCAGUUUGUGCUCUCAAGUCACAGAACCACUCCGAAUGCAGCCGUCUGUGUCAUCGCAUUAACUGCACCCUAUGCAUGGGACAGUAAUUCCCUAGUCCAGACGCUGUUAGUCUCCAACCGGCAGUGUGAGAUGACACAGAACGUUGCAGGAAGCCCAUCACUCAUUCUCAGAUGGCAGGUGAAGAUGUGAAAGGAUCGGAAUGUUCUUGUCUCUUUAUACAUUGAUCUUCCCUCUUGAUGGUCAAAUGUGGUUGACUUGAACCUCGGCGGUUGUGGGCCCGCACUGACUAUCCCACGCAGUCUGUCAUCAGGUAGCUGAAUGGCACACAGAUCUGGAUGUUGCACAAUUUGGCCAGCCGGCUGAUUGGAGACAUACAGUGAGAUGCCUUUGAAACUCUGUAAGGUGAUGAUUAUGCCAGCUCACAUGAGCACACAGUCUUCACAGUGAUCACUUAAUAUGCGACACUGUUUGUGUCCUAAUACACCUCACCAGUUCUGGUGACAACUUUAAACACAAAAACGCUAAUGCAUACCAGUGGCAGUUCUACCUGUCACAGAGAAUUGCAACUCUAAUUGUUUUGUAGCCAACAAUGCUGUGUACCCAUGAGACGUUACAUUGGCAUCCAACCGUGUCUUCUGGGUGCUUCAUAUUUUUUGUCUAGCAAUGUAUUUCACCUCCUAGAGGUAAGUACUGGCUACAAAUUGUGACAUAAUGUUGAAUGUUAUGGUAUCUGAUUGCUCAUUGAAGAUAAAUGUAAUGUCCCUCCGUCCAUUUCCCCCACACGUGUGCUAACAGUACUUUGAUGACAGUCUGAGCAUGAACUUACACUAGCACGUAUUGGAGAAGACUUGGAGAUUCACCCAUCUCUGAUGAGUUUUCGUGGUACCCACAUUCAGCUUAUAUCGGUGUUAUACUUGGCAGUUAUUCUCACAUCUGCAUGAUUAAGCUGUCUGUCACAAAAACACUGAGCUGAAGCCAACAACAGUUCUUCCAAAUAACCGGAAAGUGAAGCAUAAUUCCUGAAGGAAAUCAGUGCUCUUUCAACUAUAAGGCACACUGCUUAAACUGAAUAACAGUAAUAUCAUUCGAAGCAUGGAACACAAACGCAAAGCUAAGAACUGCUUAUAGAAUUUCUUUUUGGGAAACGUUACAAUCACUUCUGAGUUAGUGCACCAUUAAUUACAUCGUCAAAUGCUGCUGUCACAAUUUUCGCCACUUUUAUCAAAAUAUUUCGAAUUAUAGAACCUUUGAAUAUCCAGAACUGAAAAAACAGAGUACAUUGAUGUUCCAACCCAUACAGCUACCAUCCUACUUGAUUACAUGUUAAUUAUAAAUUUUAACCUUGAUUUUAGUGUCUGACAUGGAGGUUUUUUCAAAAUCAUUGCAACUGAAAAACUGGCCAGCUAAACUGUUGUUAUUAGGCUUUAUUCAAAAGUACUGUAACAUCACAAAAUACUGUUCCAUUUACAUUUUGCCUCUUUGGUCUCUGUAUAAGUACACUUAAAUUGUGUUCGAGAAGUGGAUGUCAGCUCAGUAUAUAGAGGAAUCUUACUACUGUUUACAUUUUCAUACAAAUGCUAAGUACUUAUUUCUGUUGCUUCCAUUCUCACUGUUACCAUACAUGAUGCUCUUUCAUGUGUACAUUUUUUUAUUUCUGUUCCAAGUACUUACAAUUGUAACAGUUACAUUAA